AUGUCGACCAGCAAUGACGCUACGCUCGACGAGCAACACUCGCGCACCCGAAGCUCUUCGCUAGCCGACGUGCAGGGUCACAACGGGCAGGAUCAGCAGGCCACGCACAAGGAUCGAUCCUCGUCGUUCAACCUCUUUGGCUCCUCGACCCGUCAAGCAGAUCAAUCCUCGCCCGCUGCGGCCGCUGCCUCUGCUUCUCAAAAGUCUGGCGGCGCCGCCACUUUCGACUUCGACACGCGGCGCCCGAGGAAUGCCUAUGACCCUAACAGCCCUGGCGGCCAAGCCCCGGCUCGCAAGGGAAAGAUGUUCCCGCGCUCCGUCACUUUUGAGCCCAACAACUCUUCCUUCCCGCCCAACACGGCCAAGAACCGCUCCAGGAUGUCGUCCUAUCAUCCGACCCAAGACGACAGCCCCUACGACGAGAGCGUCGACCUCGAGAGGCAAGGCUCCGGCGGCGGGAGCGGCAUCAGUAGCGGCAACAACCGGGCGAGCAACUCGGCCUUUAGCCACCUCGAAGGUCGCAGCUACCGCUUCCAGCCCGCCCAGGAUGCCGGAAGCCUGAGCGCAUCGGUCUUGUCGGGCUCCUACACCGCCACCUCGGGCACUAUUCGGGACAGCACCGCGCACCUCGCCGAGAUGAUGCUCAUGUCGGACGAAGAGGGGGCCAGCAUGAACGGCUCCCGCAUCUACGACAUCGGCGAGGAGGAGGACGACGAGCUGAUCUCGGUAACCAGGCUGCCUGACAGCAUCAGCCCGACCGCGUCGCAGCCUGCCACACCAGGCACCGCCCAGACCGGCCCCAGCAACCUCUCGCGAGCCAUGGCUGCAUCGAGAGGCACCAGUCCCGAGAGCGGCAAGACGCUGGCGGCCGAGGACGGCAGCGAGGCCACUCCUCGACUGUUCACGCCGAUCCUCGGCAUGGCCCAGCAGCCCGUCGCCACUCCGAUGUCGACCGGCGAAGCCGCCGAGGACUACGUGGGCCCCGCCGGCGAAAGGACGCCCUUGCUCGGCGUUGAUCCAGGCACGAAAGAGGCCCAAGGACGCGGACGUCAGGGCAGCUCGUUGGCGCCGUCUCGUGCCCACGCUUCCACCAGUCGCUCCAGGUCCGACAGCCGCCAGGGCCGCCGCAGCCAGGACUUCCGCGACCGUGCCACCAGCGUCGACCGCUCAAGCUCCAUCGGCGCCGCCGAUUCGUCCACCUUCAGCCAAUUCAGCGAGAGCGCUCGCGCCGGCAUCGGCUACGGCGCCCUCGCGCAGGCGGAGCAGUCGGUCAUCGAGCACCGUGUGCCCCCGCAUCGAAGGCCAAGCCAGCCUCUGGGCUACCCGUGCGACGAGGCCGAGGAGCUGCUCUCCCCAGCUUGGGCUCUCGUUCCAAGGCGAUUCCGGCCUGGUGCGGGUGAGCAGGGCGUCCGGAAGCUGACGGGUCCCAGGCAGCACCUGCACAACCUGACCGCCUCGAUGCGGAAGCUUACCUGGCAGACGGCGCUCGAGGCCUCUGCCGAGCCGGUGCGGCUGCUUCCGGCCGUCAUCCUGGGCAUGCUGAUGAACGUGCUCGACGGUGUCUCGUACGGCAUGAUCAUGUUCCCGGCCUCGUACCCGAUCUUCAGCAACUUUGGCGGCGACGGCGUGUCGAUGUUCUUCCUCACCUGCGUGCUGUCGCAGCUGGUCUACACGCUCGGCGGCUCCAUCUUCAAGGGCGGCAACGGCAGCAUGAUGAUCGAGACGGUGCCCUUCUUCCACAUCCUGGUCAAGAUCAUCAUCGAUACCCUCGGCGACGAGGACCGCGGCGCCAUCGUCGCCACCACCAUGGUCGCAUUUGCGCUGUCGUCGAUCCUCAUCGGCCUCGCCUUCUUCCUGCUCGGCGCGCUCCGGCUCGGCGUGCUGAUCGGCUUCUUCCCGCGCCACAUCCUCGUCGGCUGCAUCGGAGGCGUCGGCAUCUUCCUCAUCGAGACCGGGCUCGAGGUCUGCGGCCAGCUCAAGUCCGAGGAGGGUUUUCAGUACAACCUCGAGACGCUGCGCUACUUCUUCCAGUCCGGCCACAUGGUCGCCCUCUGGCUGCCGCCGCUGCUGCUCGCCGUCCUGCUGCGCCUAAUCACCGCACGCUUCCACCACCCAUUCAUCUUCCCCGGCUACUUCCUGAUGAUCCCGGUCGUCUUCUACAUCGUGGCCGUCGGCAUCCUCCGCGUGCCCAUGUCGACGCUGCGCGAGCAGGGCUGGGUGUUUGACAUUGGCGAGAGCGCCAGCCAGGCGCCCUUCUACCGCUUCUACACCUACUUCGACUUCCGACAGACGAGCUUCAGGGCGCUGUGGGCCACGAUGCCGACCCAGCUGGCGCUCGUCUUCUUCGGCAUCCUCCACGUGCCCCUCAACGUGCCGGCGCUCGGCGUCAGCAUCAACGAGGACAAUGUCGACACCGAUCGCGAGCUCGUGGCCCAUGGCAUCUCCAACGUGCUGGCCGGCCUGAUCGGCACCGUGCCCAACUACCUCUGCUACGUCAACAGCGUCCUCUUCUACCGCGUCGGCGGCGGGUCGAGGCUGAGCGGCCUCAUGCUCGCGGCGGGCACCAGCGUCAUCAUGAUUGCCGGGCCAGGCACCAUCAGCUACAUGCCCGUCAUGAUCGUCGGUGCGCUCAUCUUUGUGCUCGGCAUCGACCUGGCCAAGGAGGCGCUCUACGACACCGUCGGCCGCGUCAACGGCUGGGAGUACUGGACCAUUUGGGUCAUCGUCAUCGUCAUGACCUACUGGGACUUCGUCUACGGCAUCCUCGCCGGCAUCAUCAUCGCGUGCUGCUUCUUCGUGGUACAGACAUCGCGGCGCAAGACGGUGCGGGCUAUUUUCGACGGCAGCGUGGCGCGCAGCACGGUGCGCCGCCACAUGACGCAGCGCCACUUCCUCGACGAGGUCGGCACGCAGACCCAGAUCAUCAAGCUGCAGGGCUUCCUUUUCUUCGGCACCAUCAACUCGGUCGAGAAUCUGAUCCGACGGGCGCUCGACAUCGCCGCGUGGAACCAGAACCCAAUCCGCUUCCUCAUCGUGGACUUCACCUUGGUCAGCGGCGUCGAUUUCUCGGCCGCUGAGGCCUUCACCCGCAUCAAUCGCCUGCUGCUGGCAAAGGACGUGGUCCUCGUCUUUUGCGGCCUGCAGCCCGACGGUGACGUCGGCGUGGCCCUCCGGAGCGUCGGUCUCUGGGCUGAUCAAAGCGAUAAGCUCGAGGUGUUUGCCAACCUCAACGAGGCCCUGGAAUGGACAGAGAACGAGUACCUCCGCGGCCUGUACGCAUCUGAUCUGAUGGCGGCGAAGGCGUUCGGUCAGGCAUCGUUGGCGGCCGCUGGUGGUCUCGACGUCCCGGACCAGAAGCGUCGGCCGGCCUUCGUCCUGGACCAGUCGUUUGAGAACUCGCCCCGCCGCCACCACCUGCACGAGGCGGCCAAGACGGCGGUGAGGACCGGCGGCGAGGCGUCGCUGUCUGCAAAGCCGCCGACUUCUGGCACGCCGCCGCCGGCGAGGGCGGUGCACGCGCAGCCGGUGCCGAUCCUGCUCAUCACCUUCCGUGCCUACCUGCACGACAUCACCAGCGAGGAGGACUUCAUCGUGCAGCUGGCGCCCUACUUCCAGCAAGUGCGGCUGACGCGGGGCGAGGUGCUGUGGAGCCGGGGCGAUCCGGCCGACGGCUUCUACCUGAUCGAGUCGGGCAUCCUCAAGGCGCGCUACGACUUCCCGCAGGAGCAGUACGAGAUCAACGAGGCCAUGCUGGCCGGCACGAUUGCCGGCGAGCUCACCUUCCUCGCCGAGCGCGAGCGCAACACGACGGUCCACGCCGAGCUCGACGCCACGCUGUGGAAGCUCGACACGGCCUCGCUCCAGAAGAUGCGCGACGAAAAGCCCGCCCAGUUUGGCCAAUUCGUCAAGGUCCUCCUCCGGAUCGCCGGAGAGGAGCAGGAAAGCCUCAUGUCGUACCUCGUCUCCCGCCUCAGCUGA